GACAUGUACUGUGUACACCACCACCAUCCUGAAGACGACACCGAGUGAAGUGACGAGUGUCGCGUGUAUCCUCCGCGAAGUACGGUGGCUGACGCAUUAGCGCCGAACACUUGCAUCUUUCUACAACUUCCCACCGCUCACACCUGCAUUCGCAGUCAGGGUUGCACCCCAAGCACAACCCACAACAAAACCGCAGCUUCUGCGUCUGACGACCUGCUGCGGCCCUAGCUCGACUUCGCAGAGCAUCUGUGCGGCAACGCAACGACCGCCACCGAACAAACCCCCACCCCUUCUUCUCGUACCUUUUCUGCGCUUCCGAGGCUGGUGUCGAUCGCUGCUUCGUCGUCUCUUCCACAUUCACAACCCCGCAAUUCCGACCCGAUGCCGCAAACACUCAGUACGAGAGAGGCCAACCUCUUCCGUACUGUCAUCCGCCACUAUGAGGACAAACAGUACAAGCGCGGCUUGAAGGCCGCCGAGCAGAUCUUGAAGAAGAACCCGAAGCAUGGAGAUACAAUGUCGAUGAAGGCCCUGAUUCUCAAUGCUCAGGGCAAGACGGAGGAGGCCUUUAGCCUGGCCAAGGAUGCUCUGACGAUCGACAUGAAAUCGUACAUUUGCUGGCACGUCUAUGGUAUUCUCUACCGCACCAACAAGAACUUCGACGAGGCUAUCAAGGCCUACAAGUUUGCCCUGAAGCUUGAGCCCGACUCGCACCAGAUCCAGCGUGAUCUGGCCGUGCUCCAGGUUCAGAUGCGCGAUUACCCGGGCUACAUUCAAAGUAGAUUCGUCAUGCUUAAGGCGAGACCUCAGCUACGCCAGAACUGGACAGCCCUUGCUAUCGCAUACCACCUGGAUGGCAAUCUUCAAAAGGCCGAGAAUAUUCUCAGCACCUACGAGAAAUCCGUCACGGCCACUCCCCUCAGGACUGACUUUGAGAAUUCGGAAGCACUCCUGUACAAGAAUUCGAUCAUUGCCGAGAUGGGUGAUUUCGAACAGGCUCUGGAACAUCUAGAGGCAGAAUGCAAAGGCUGCCUUGACCGACUGGCCGUCAUGGAACUUCGGGCGCGCUACCUGACUGAACUGGGCCGGAAAGAGGAUGCUGCGAAGGCGUACCGAGCGCUGCUGGAUAGGAACUCCGAACACCCGGACUACUACAAGGGGUUGGUUGGCGUUCUGGACAUUGCUGCGGAUGACGAGGGCGCCCUGAAGGCUGUGUAUGACGAAUAUGCCGCCAAAAACCCUCGCUGUGAUGCCGCAAAGCGCCUUCCUUUAGAUUUCUUGUCUGGCGACGGCUUCCGCGCAGCCGCCAAGGCGUACCUGACUCUGAUGUUCGACAAAGGGGUUCCCUCGACUUUCGCCAACCUAAAGCACCUAUAUUCGGACACCUUCAAGAAAGAGACCUUGCCUGUCUUGGCUGAGGAGUACCUGAAGGAGCAUAGCGGCGACUCGACCACAGACGGGCAUGCGAAUGGCGAUAGCUCCAAGGGCGAGGGGGCGGCUCUCUACUUCUUAGGGCAGCACUACAAUUACUUCAUGUCACGAGACCUCUCAAAGGCCACCGAAUUCGUCGAAAAGGCGAUCGAACUGGACCCGAAGAACGUCGAUUUUCACAUGACUAAGGCCAGGAUAUUCAAACAUCAAGGCGAAAUCGCGAAGGCUGCGGAAGCGAUGGACCAUGCCCGCUCUCUAGACACGAGGGACCGCUACAUCAACUCUAAGGCCGCGAAGUACCAGCUGCGAAACGACGAGAACGAGAAGGCGUUGACUACAAUGGGAUUGUUCACGCGGGCUGAGACUGUCGGAGGGCCCCUGGUCGACCUGACCGACAUGCAGUGCAUCUGGUUCUUGACAGAGGAUGGCGAGGCGUGGCAGCGGCGGGGCGAUUUUGGCCUGGCUCUUAAGCGCUAUCACACCAUUUUCAAUAUCUUCGACAUCUGGCAGGAGGAUCAGUUCGACUUCCAUAGCUUCUCCCUACGCAAGGGGCAGAUCAGGGCGUACAUCGACCUCGUUCGCUGGGAGGACCAGCUGCGGGAGCACCCCUUUUACUUCCGGGCAGCGCUGGACGCGGUAAACCUCUACCUGUCGAUGCACGACAAACCCCAGAAUGGAGCCAACGGUGUGGAAGGUAGCCAUGCGAAUGGCGACGAUGCGGCCGCCGAGAAGAAGAAGGCGGCAAAGAAAGCCAGAAAGGAGGCCCAGAAGGCCGAAAGGGAGGCCGCCGAGAAGGCUGCCAAGCAGGACCCUAACAAGGGCGGCGCCCAGAAGAGCAAGGACGGCGAGGAGAUGAAGAAGAAGGACGACGACCCGAACGGCGUGAAGCUGGCCGCUACGGCGGAUCCCCUGGGUGACGCCAUGAAGUUCCUACUGCACUUGUUGCAGUUCAGCCCGAAGAACAUCGAAGGCCAAAUCGCCGGUUUCGAGGUUUUCAUCCGCAGGAACAAAUACCUCCUGGCAUUGCGUUGCCUUAAGGCGUCGCUUGCUCUUGAUAAGGACCACCCCAAGGUCCCAGAACAGGCGACCAGGCUGCGGAAGGCCUUGGAGGGCGCUAUGGGUUCGCUGGCGCCCAAGGUGAAGGAAGUCAUCGAGUCUGAGCUCGCUGCUGUGCCUGGUGCUUAGGUGCAUCACGCCUCUCGUCAUGCCUUCACCAGCGGCCGAGGCGGAUGGCUGCGAGCCGUGUCUCUUUCAACGGCGGUUCUUCGGCGGUUUCUCGGUGUUUACCGUG